AUGGCGUUGCAACAACAAGAGAUGGAGGAAAAGGUUAAAAAAUACACCCAGAAGGAUACAAGUUCUAGGGAGAUGAAAACCAACGCGGACACACUUAUAAUUGAUUCUGAAUCGUGUAGUUCGAGUGAAUAUUCUGACGACGAAACCAGUCAGUCCGAAUCCGAUAGUUCAUCGUCUAGUGAAUGUAAAAAACGACAGAAAACCUUUACGGCAGCCAACCAUUCUAAAAGGUACCUUGAAGAAUUUCCAAGUUGUGAAAGUUCAAGUGUUGAAACAGUUAUCAGAAAUGAUUCUUCAGACAUGAAUUCAAGAGGUGCGGCAAUGCAACAACUUACUUCAGAAAAUUCAUCUAAUUUGGUUGAAAGUAAGCCAAAUGAAGGCCUCGCAAAUAAUCAGAAUCAAUAUUCCGAAACAUCAAAAAGUUCAAGAACAACCACUUAUAAUACCCAAACAGUGCAAAAUAAAAAUGUCCCAAACCUUCAACCGAAUGUAACUUCUACUACAUGCGAUAAUAACAAUCCCUGUCGCAAAUUAGACCCUGAAUACCGUAAGUAUAUGGUAAGCGUAUCUAAAAGCGAGGGUAACAUCAAUGAGGCCGAGUGCGAACUUUUGCUGGAAUGGUUUUUUGAUCGAUUUCGUAUUUGCGACACUUUAGAUAAGCUGCAAUUCGGAAACGAACCCAUUACAUUACACAAGGGCAGAUUGUGGAUUGCAUGUUGGAAUGAAACAACAUUAACGUGGAUAAUGGAUAAUAUAAAGGAAUAUCCUGAAACGUACGAUGUAGAAAUGCUGAAUCAAGAAAUAUCCUGUGAGGUAGUAAUACCCAUGGCAUCCAAUAAUAAAAACCUCCUCGACAUAUUUGAUCUGCUGGAGAAACAAAAUGCAAAUUUGAUCACUACAAGAUGGUGCGUGGUGAAUCGCAAAUUGCUUGAGAGUGAAAACAAAAAUGCAGCCGUUUGUCGAAAUGAGCUCUUCAGUAUACAUAUCGACUCUGAAAGCAAAGAUAUUUUACUAAAGAACAAUUUAAAACUUAAGUAUUUUUUCUGGCAAAUAAUGUUUAAGUUCCUGUAA